GUUCACUUUUUUGUGUAUUGUUUUAUCUUUUGCGAAUGAAUCAAAAUAAAAUCUGUCCAUCUAAUUAUCACCAGCGUGAAGAUUCUGCAUGCUUAUUCUGUAUUCAGUUGAAGCGUGGAAAUUAUUACAAGAUUGGAGGAAAUGAUGUUGACAGCUAUUGGAAAGCUAAUUUAAACAAAGACGUUGAAAAUCUUACACCCUAUGCUGCAAAGUUGGACAAUGAAAUUGCUAAAGCUGUACCCCAGCACCCCUAUUACAUCGCUACAGAUUACGAAAAUUACGUCAUAUUCACAAGGUGCAUGAAUGAAAAACUCCAAGAAGGAAACAGGGGUAUUUGGGUUCACGCUCGUAAUCCAAACCCCACCGCGGAAGAUAUAUUACGCAUAGUAAACAGGCUGAUCGCGAUUGGAAGUCAAUGGAGCUCAGUUCCCUUGUUCCUGUCAAAAUGCGUUACUGUGGGCGAUUUCGACCAGUUUGUUGAAGACCAUCACUAAACGACACUAUACUCCGUUAAUGGUUAAUCGGAAAAAUUUGUAUUUACGACUAUAAAAGCUUUCGAUUGCUAGCUAUAACGUGUUCAUUUUAUGCAGAAAACAGUUCCAUAAUCUUUGCUCGAAAUUGUUCAACUAACAGAAUUGUCAAUGUGCAAAAUAAAUUACACUCAGAU